UGGGUUAUAAACACAUAGCGUCCUGACCAUAGAUAUCUUAUAUACCUGACUAGAAAAGUCUCUUUUGUGAUUUUUCAGUUGAUCCAACUAUUAAAUGAGUCCUGUUUUCACCAGGUGAUGAUAACCUGCGACUGAUGAACCACCAUUGAACUCAUUUCAAUGAUUGGUUCGCAUCCGCCAAACAUUACAGAAACCGGUCGACGAUUAGCAGUUAAAAUAACUGAGUAAAACUAUUUUCGAUAGUUUUUCGCGACUGUAGUUCAUAGUUUUCUAGUGUCUUUGCUGGUUGCUAUAAAAGAACGUUUGUCGGUCAGUUUGAAUAGCACAUUGGCAACUACAGUUUCAUUGCAUUCUAACUAUAUACAACCACUUUUGCAACAAAUCCUCUCAACGUUUUGUUCGUGCAUGCAAGCGAAAUCUAAUUAACAGUAGCGCUUUUAAUCUAAAAUUGUUUGUUUUUCUACGAAAUGAGGAAAUAUUGUCUUGCUGGGGGUGAGCUGUGUCGGUCUCACUUGCCGUAUGUUUAAACUAUAAAAUCAGAACUCCGGAAAUUAAGCGAGGUGAAAGUAUGAACGGCAAUCUUUGAGAUAGUUGACGGUUCAUAAACAAGUUGAUUUGAAGACAUACUAACAUGUUGUUAUCAUUUUCUUUUAAAUCCCAUUAGAUAUAAAUGUUCUUUUUGCGCCCAGAUUGCUGUAUUUAUCACAAUGGUACUGUAAAUGUGGUGGUCAAUUCUAAAAGAAAAACUUUGUUGUCUAUAUGUACUAUUGUGCUGACCUUGUGUUUGAUUGCAAAUACAUCAUGUGUAAUAGCAACCCUUAGUACAACUGCUGGCAAAAAUGUAUUAAUUUCAAAUGUUAAUUAUCUAAUUUGCAUAAUUGACGCUCUCAUAGAUAAAAAUACUCUUUAACUAGAGUAUGAAAAAUAAGGUUUUUGCGAGUUGGUGCAUGCGUGGGUCAUUCUGUAUAGUAUAAAUAUACAUUAAGUUGUUUAUUUGUGGUCGCAAGCUGAGAUAAUCAUUACAAAUUAUUUGUGUUAAUGACGCUUACCACUUAGUUUAAAAUAUUUUCGGAAGUAUUAGGGUUUAUCAAUCCCAACAGAUUACCACAGUUACCAGAAUUAAACUGUAACGAUUCCAGCAUGAAGAACCGAGGUGAUUAAGGUGAAGGAGAAGGGAUAUGUAACUUAACUGUGGUAACAGUCAUGAAUUUGCGUGCGCAUGUAAAGAAAGCCCUUUCUCCAAAGGUCAAGUCUAGAACAAAGAAAUAGGAAGCUCGGGGCAUGGCCAACAAUUUUACAGUCUGCCAGAAAUCUAUAGGGGGCCGGUUUAUCGCGAGUUGCCAUCGCUUAUAUGUGUGACAAUUGCUCAAAAUUCAGCGCAAUUAAGUUAGGAAGCCGCGUAGGGAAUACAAGCCUUAGUAUACAUAAGACAAGAACGUCCUAAACAUGUCUUCGAGAUGGAUUUUUGUGUUCUUUAUUUGGUUACUACUUGUUGCUCAAUCUCUCAUGGACUCUGGGGAUGCCAGUGGUGAUUUGGAUGAUUCGGAUAUUCCAAAUGCGUCGAAAUUGGGACAACGCAAUAAAACGAGCCUUGUCACGAAGAACGCGUCGGAUUUUCACUACGUUGCGCGCGAUGAUCACGAAAUUAUCCACAAUCAGGAACGCGAAAUGAAAAGACAAUCGCGCAGACUUAGGGCAAAGACAAAGUAUUGCUGGGUGAGUAGUAUUGUAAGUUUUAUAUAAUGACUGUGCCUAAACUGAACUUUGAUUUUUAAUUAACAUGCAUGCACACUGGAUGAUAGCUCAACCAUUUCUAAGCUGUUUUUUUUCCCAGAGGUCCUAUAAUGAGUACCAUCCAUAAACCGUCAAAUGUUACUACAGGAGUACUCAGAGACAACCACAGUGCUGCUGAAAGCACUCUUCCCAUGAAAGGCAGCUAAAUUUUAAUUGUAUCUGUAAGUUGAAAGCUCGUACAGAAAGUGGUGCCUAUAUAACAAGUAAUCAUUGAAGUAUACCAUAGCGUUCCUAGUAAUAAGAUUGGAAGAUACUUUGAUCUUAAUUAAUCAGCCUAUUGCUCACAUUACUAAACUCGUAUAUACUAUGUUUUAUGCAUGAUAUGCGUAUAUUUUCUUGCUACACAAUGGAUAGAAAGCGUAGAUUUUGAAUCCAAUUUGAGGUACUUUCAAACCUGAAUGGGACUUUACUUCGUUCCCUUAUACAAAUGAUUUAAGUCGUCGCUGAAAAGGAACCGCAGCUCGUUUAAUGAAGAAGUGUUCAUUGGUGUUACACAGUUGCUUUCUCUCUCACUUUUCUAAUACAAGCGAACGAAUUGGAUUGAAAUUCCAAGUUAUUAUACUUUUCAGGUAGUUUGAUCGUGUUAUCCCGCAAGUAAAUAGUUCAUCGCAACCACACAUUAAAUUGUUGCCGCGCGAGUGUGCGUUUUCAUAAAUUUCGCCUGUACAAUCCAGAAAGUGACAUAUAUAACUCAUGCCAGAAUUCAUGGAACUAAGCUUCCUCAUAUAAUAUUUCAUUUAAUCCUGACACAGAAAUGCCUUGUUUCCUUGAAAACUUCCACAUUUGCACUCCAAAUAAGGCCUCGUGUCAAAAUUCACUCUAAUUGUUUUAGAUUAUAUUUUCCGUAUAAUUUACAUCUAACGGAAGUGUGGGAAAUAUAUAUGUUGAAUAUUGCCUUAAAGCAGGAAGAUUGUUUUUUUAAGCUGCCCUACAAGGAAGAAGUUAUUAUAUUUAGCGCGCUCUUGUUGUUAUCCUAACGGAAGCGAAGUGUGGUAGAAUAGAACUGAACACAGCGAUUGACACUUAACUCUUUCCUGUUCGAAGAGUUGGCCCGUUGACGAGAAUAGACUGAAUCCAUCAUCAUUUAUAUAGAAACGAUUCGAACGGGAAUGAAUUGAGGAGAAACUUUGGAUUGAUAGGGAUGCGUGCAACUACCGCGAAGGCCUCGUUGGCCACUAACUUUCCGACGAAUGGUCAUCGCUCGAAAUGUCGAAGUUCUCCUUGUAUUUUUCAGGUAGUUGUAUCCCUAUCAAUGCGAAUUUGUCUUGUUACUACCAUUUGCGAACUACCGUGAAGCGUGCAUUUAUAACUACGUUUCAAAACGUUUCUUCAGCAUGAGUUUGUCAAUCAUAACUUUUUGUUUUGCCAUAAUAACUUUUGUGGGCGUUUUGUCAAGCACAUUGUUUCGAACGCGAAAAUGUCUUCUUAUUUUUCAUACGGACGCGCUUAUACUGACAAAAUUGCUAUAGAAAGCGGAAUGACAGAUUUAUAGCACCUUCUGGAUGUGUUUACGUAACAAACCUCUAUAAUACAAGUGAGUUUUGAGUUUUGACGCCGAAAUUCAAAGUUUCGCGUGCAAAACAAUAUGUUUUAUACCACGCCCACAGAAUUUAUUAUGUCAAAACAAAAUGUUUUAGGAGCAAAACAAAAAGUUUUGAAUGACAAACUCAUGCUGAAGAAACGUUUUAAAACCUAGUUAUAAAUGCACGCUUCACGGAAGCUCGAAAAUGGUAGUAUUGGCACUACCUACACUGGCAUAGACCUUUAAGAUUAUGUUUGAGGAGAUAGUUAGUGCUUGAUUAUUUCAUAACUCUCUCUCUUCGGGCUGCCAAGUCGGACCUUCCAUAUAGAACUGAAGAGCGCGUUAGAAGUCUACGAGUUUCAUAUACUGCGGACACGUAUGAAUGAUUAAAAGGAAGCUAGUAGUGAAUCCACGAUAUCCAUCAUCGUUCAUACAUAAUUGAUAAGGACGAAAACAACUGAGUUGAAGAGAUAGAAAUGUUUGAAUACCUUGAAUGAGAAAGUGUCCGAGCGCAAGGAGUUUCCCUUUUUUUGGAAUCUAAAUUCCAUGCAAAGUACCAAAGUCAUCCGGCCGAUCAUAUAUGUUAAACGAUACGGGGAAAGAGAAUAAUACUUCUUUCGAGGCAAAGAUGUGUUGGAUCGUGAUAAAAUAUAGCAGCAGAAAAGAGUUCAGAAAUCAGAAUAUACUUAAACUCAAUUUUCCUAAUCUCUACAUGGGAUAGAAGAACGUCCAAAGACCGUCCCACUGACACUGAAAUCUUCAGGCUUUUAGUAAAAUACUAAAUUCAUCACUAGAUUUCAGUGACUGAUAGACUUUCCAGUUAAGUAUUUUUUAUACGUAUGUAUGUAUAUAUGAAUGGAAAAGUUUAAAUCUUUCUAAAUUGUAUAAGUAGCAAUUACCUCGACAAUUACACUUUAAUUAAAUCAUACAGAGAACAAAAUGACAGUGUCCUUACUUCACAAGAAAAUUGAAAUGGAUGUAAACUUUUCCGUGGAAAGUAGCCUUAAAAAGGAUAGUUUUAACAACUUAUCAAUUCUCUCGUCACAGUGUAAGAACUCAGUCUCACUGUAAACGAAAUGAAGGGUCCGUUGUAGAAAUAGUUGUUAGUCGAGUUUGGUAUAUCGUGACUUGCGGAGAUUAUUAUGCUUAUCAUACAGUUACAUCAAUGUUAUUUUCUAAAAAUAAGUUGACGCAAAGUUUGACGCAAGUUCAUUGCGAAAUCAGAUAAUUUAAAUUAGCGUGAAAACAUUGAUGCAGAUGUCUGGAAUCUAAUUACGCAAAAUAUUUUUACUAUAUAUAUACCUCGUUGCGCCAAUUAAUAAAAAUAACGUGUACGUUAUUCACCAGCGCCUGCAAGCACCAAGCAGUGCGCGUUCCUCUUACCGAGAUGUUAAUUUCAUUGAAACAUUAUAAACAUAACGCAAAGCGCUGUCGGAGCGCGAUAUUUGAGCAUUUGGGAAAACACUUUCACUGCUGCAGUGUAAACAAGCUUAUCGCAAAGCAAUCUAUGGAAAUCAUAGCAGAAACAUUUCAUGAAUUCUUGGAUUGAAUUUGCCCGCAGGAAGUUCGCAUAUGUUUUUGCUAUAGACCUUGAUCAUGAUAAACGUUUGAUGAUAAGGGGAAACAAAAAAUUCGUGCAAAGAAAAAUCCCUUUAAAAUUCCGAAAAAAUUCUUGCAGAUGUGACGGCCAAAACAAUUCCCCCAUCACAUUUGGGUUUGUUAUUUUAAAAUGUUUUAUUAUUUUUGACGAAUUCACGAAAUAAUGUUACAAUGGAAUGGUACUAUAGUAGAUAGUCGAGUGAUACGAGCAUUUUUACAUGAUAUCAUUUUUGCGCACACCGCGUUCUGCCAGCUACGAUCAGAGCGCUUAUAUAUAUAAGCGCCCUAGCUACAAUCCUGAAUAAUUUGCGCUGGUAUGUUGGCAUAUGACGAAGUCAAAUUCCUCAAAUAUUAUAAUUUCUUGUACUAUUUGCCGAAAUCUUUGAAGUUUGUCGUAUCCUAAUUAGUUUAUUAUAAACAAAAACGCGGGCGAUAUAACCGCAACAAGUCUAUGUUAUUUCCGAGAGGAAAAUUAAACAUCACCUUCCGACGAUGUUGAAAUCCCCGUUCUCACAUCUGUGUGUCGUCACUGAGCUUUGUGUAUUCCGACUCUUGAAUGGAAAUUAUUUUCAGUCAACAGAAUAGAGGGUAGAACCUUCUAGCCAAAACAAUAUUUCUUCAGGUACUCUCGUUCCUCUUGUGGAUACUUUACCAAUAAGAGAUGGUUACUGGACCUCUACCUGGAACAGUUUGGAAGUGAUAGAGCUAUCUAGGGAAGAGGCAGAACUAAUCGAACGAUGCAGUAUAAAGUCAAGCCCCGGUCAAACAAGGAUAAAGGCCCUGUCACACUAUUGCGUAUGAGAGAAACGUAUGAGAAGUUUGUGAAAUAAUUUUCAUACGCACAAAAAUCCUUUGAAAUGCCAGCGUAUGAGUAUCGUACAUCUGGCGUACCUCUAGCGUAUUCAGCGUGUGCCUAGAGUAUGCUUAUCGUAUAAAGCAUACGUCCGAUACGCACAAAAUUUUUGAACAUGCUUAAAAAAAAUUUUCUGCCUCACCGUAUGCCUGCGUAUGCCACCGUAUGCGACCGUGCUUGAAACGUAUACAACCUAUGCCUAACGUACCCCUAGCGUAUAUGUCAGCGUAUACCGGAGUACGAGUGAUAUUUUUCAUACGCUGGCAUACGCUAGUACGAUACGCAAUAGUGUGACAGGGCCUUAAAUAAGAAUUGGCAAUCUCAAGCGCAUUAAUAAUUCAUGAGUAAAUUAGCUAACCAUAUUGUUUUAUUUUGCUCACAUGAUACUGGAUACCUGAUGAAGUAUAUUGAUCCUGUCCUAAGACUGGAUCAAAAUUAAUUCAGUCCUUGGACUGGACCAAAAUUAAUUCACCUCACUUUAAGCAUGGAUAAUAAAAUAAAUGGAUAUGAAACUAGCUGACGUGACCUAAUGUUUUUACUGGGAUUGAUGGCGUGGCUGGGUGCCUCAACCUAGUUGAAAACCAAAUUCUCAAAAACGGCAUGUUUAGCAAUAAUACAGCUAAACAUUUUAGUCAAAGAGCAAAUAAAUGUAACCACGCCAUUCUACGAUGAAAACUCUAAGUAUUUCCAGUCAAUUUUAGCAAAUAUUUCAAGCACUAAACAGUGAAAAAUACAUCGCAAAUUUCGCAAAAAUUUGUGACGCCAAUUUCGUAGCUACAAAUGUAAAAAAAUACAAAACAAAGACGAAAAACAUUUACCUUGAAUACUUUGUCGUGGCUUAGGCAUGUUUUUAAAACAACUAGACCAGUUUACGCUUCAAGAUCACCCUUUUAAAGUGGAAAAUAUAGCAAAACAACAAAAAUGCCGAGAACUUUGGUAACAUUCGCAAUACGCGUGACGUCACGUUUUUCAACAAGGAUGCAGUCAAUGACGUCAGAAGUUUCCAAUCCAUUUAUUUUAUUAUCCAUGCUUUAAGUUGUGAUUUAUCAUUUCAAAUCCUCCAAUUCGGACUGAACUAUAUUUCAAGUCCAGCAUGCUCCCACCUUGAUCCAGUCCUAUGGCUUCGCCUCGGACGUGAUCAAAUAGACAACUUGCAUGUUAGACAAAUUUUUGAUCUAACCGAUCUAGGAAAAAAAAAAGUAAAUUCCCGUUAAGAACUUAUUAAAAUUAGUAAACUUGCAAAAUUUGGUUGCGAAAUGUUGUAAAGCUUGGAAAAUAUAGCCUUGCAAAGUUUGCAUAUUUUCAGUAUAUUUGUAUUACGUGCGGAAAUUGUUACCAUUUUUGAGCCGAAAAUGGUAACAAUUUCCGCUCGUAAUACAAAUAUACUGAAAAUAUGCCAACUUUGCAAGGCUAUAUUUUCUAAGCUUUACAACAUUUCGCAGCCAAAUUUUGCACUUUUACUAAUUUUAAUAUGUUCUUUUUACCUGUGGUGUUUGAUUCCCUUUUCUAUGCUUAGAUUAAAAUUUAGUCUAACAUGCAAGUUGUCCAUUGCACAGACUUGAAAUCUAGUCCAGUCCUCAUAGACAUAGUCGGAUUUGAAAUAUUACAUCUCCAAGGGUGGGUUGACUACAAAAUGUUUGUAGUUCGCUAUAACUAAAGCUACUUCAAAAAUAUGUAGUCAGCGACAACUGAUGCUACUUUUGAACAAAGGUAGUUCGCUACUGACUACAGCUACUGCUUAAAAAAUGUAGCGAACUAUUUCGCUACGCUAUAUUUUUUAGUUUUACUGUAUUUGGAGCAUCUACUAACUCAGGCUGUAAUGUAACCUAUAACAAAUCGACUUACGAGUAGCAACAGUAAGCACAAAGCAACAUUUUUGUAAGCACUACAGUGUUCAGGAGUGCAAAUUGACUAUUGAGUAUUGAUUUUACCUCAAUAUCAUGCUAUUCUAUCAAGUUGCUAACAAUUUAUAAAAAGUAGCGAAUAGCGAUUCGCUGUUUGGAAAGUAGUCAACUACUUGGCUACUUUUAGGCAAAAUGUAGUUCGCUAUAACUACAGCUACUGUUUUAAAAAAGUAGUUAAAAACUACUGGCUACUUGAAAAUUGUAGUUCGCUACAGUAGCGAACUACAACUACUUCGCUACUACCCACCCUUGUAGGCCUAUAUCUCGCAUUGUUGCGGGGGAUAUUUCAAUCUCUUGAAUAACAAAAUAAAGGUUUGAUGAUAUUAUCUUGUUCCAACUAUUAACUCAGUUAAAUAGAAUACCACAUACUCGAACCAACGUGACCGCGUAGCUCAGUUGGCAGAGCAUUGGGCUAGUAUUCCAAAGAUCGUAGGUUCGAUUCCCACCGUGGCCAGGCAUAUUCUUCAAGCUUGCCCGGUGUGGAUAUACACUCAGAGUAACAUCACAAGCAUCAUUAAAUAGAAUACAUGAUAGUGUUGGAACAGCUAACCAAGAUCGCGUUACUACCAACUCAUCAUCUUCGUUUGAUCCGCGGGCUUUAAUUUAGUGAUUUAAAGCUUACUAAUCACUGAUAUUUUCUUUCUUUCAGAGAAGAUGCCUGCGCACAUUGGAAUGUUUCGAGCAAAUGAACAACAGACCAAAAUCAAAAAAAGGAAGAUGUGGUGUUUGUAUCGCUAAAUGCUCAACAUUGCCUUCAGCACAACCUCUAACGCGGGGCGUUAAUUCAAGGUAAGUUCAAGGGCAAUUUUCGCAGUCGAAUUAGUUUUCGGCCUGGGGAAAUGCGAAAGCCGAAAACUAAUUCGCUUGAAGCGCGGCCACUGUUUGAUUCAUUUACAAUACAAACAAUAAAGUUGCCUGCGAAGGAGGCUAGGUUGUACCAUUCAACGGACAAGCUUGAAAGCUGGCAAAAAAUCGCUAUCCGCGGUGGAUACUGCCAGUAUGUGGCCUUCGUACAACCGGCCUCAGGUCUAAGACAUCAUAACCACAAACGAUAUUAUCACUUCUUAAUAUGCUCUUUCUGUCUUUAUUUUCAGCCUUUCACUUUCAGCGCAUGUUCUAUAUCAGAAGAUGUGAUAAACUGACCGAAUAUGAUAUUGUCUUAUGACAACAGAGUUCGCGCUCUGUCACAGAUAACGAAUAAAGCAUAUAUAUUACAAUAACCAAUAUAGUAAAUACUGAAUCUACAUAUCUGGCUUUUAUAUGUGGAACAGUCAUGUUUAUAGCGACAAAUUGAAACACGUCAAAAACAAGAAGAGUAAAAUCAUAGAGUAACUGUAAAAUAUGCAUGUGUUAAUGACGUUUUGGGAUGUUAAUAGUGGUUGACUCUUAAUAUUCUUUGAUAUUUGCGCAAUUACGACUUUGCAAACGAUUAGAUCAUACGCGCUUAUUGCUUUUUGGGUAAAUCAAGAUUUUUUGGGUAAAUCAAGAUUUUUUUGGUAAAUCAGGAUUUUUUGGGUAAGUCAAGAUUUUUUGGGUAAAUUAGGAUUUUUUGGGUAAGUCAAGAUUUUUUGGGUAAAUCAAGAUUUUUUGGGUAAGUCAAGAUUUUUUGGGUAAAUCAAGAUUUUUUGGGUAAGUCAAGAUUCUUUGGGUAAGUCAAGAUUUUUUGGGUAAAUCAGGAUUUUUUGGGUAAGUCAAGAUUUUUUGGGUAAAUCAGGAUUUUUUGGGUAAGUCAAGAUUUUUUGGGUAAAUCAAGAUUUUUUGGGUAAAUCAAGAUUUUUUGGGUAAAUCAAGAUUUUUUGGGUAAGUCAAGAUUUUUUGGGUAAGUCAAGAUUUUUCUGGGUAAAUCAGGAUUUCAUGGGACCAUGCAUCUCACUCAAUUGAACAAUAAUGUUGAAGGGUUUUAUAGAUGGAAAUUUCGAGUGUGAAUGUUGUACAUUUAUUGAAACCUAACCAGGAGCAGUUGUGAAAAAUUCAACUAUAGACCAUCUGGCUGGAAUCGGGCCGCCUCUAAUGCUUCCAACUAGAAAGGGAUUAAAAGAAAAAAAGGACAGAACAAAAAAUGCGCAAUCAAAAAGCACGGACAUCUCGAAAGUGCGCAUGGCAUAAUUAUGUCACUUUUGUCAUAUGCCACCAUAGCAUACAAAAGAAAAAGUAAUUCGAGAUAUUGGAUCCCCAUGCUUCGCACACAAAUAUAUUUCUGCUUUGAUCAGGUUUGACCCUCACAACCCUAUCUCUAUAAAUCUAAUUAUAUGCGAAACAUGGGGAUAUACCGACUGAAUAUUCUCCUUAUUUAAACCAUAUCGACAUUUGUCCAUAGUUGUUCACACUUGUAGCGGUAUACCACCCUUUAUAACUGAACCUAUAGCACGUCUUCUCCACAUUCGGGGUAAAACUGCGACACUUCCCAUACCGGAAACUGUCAACUCUACCCGAGCCAGAGUGUAUGCUGGGAAAAAACGGCCCGUUGCCAAAAAAUCCAAACUGCUCUUUCCUCUCGUAAAAGCCAUAUCCUGUUGGGAACGAAUCACGUGACGUGACGCCAAGCGAUUCAGCUAAUGAGAAGCGAGUGUAGUUCUUCAAGUCUCCCUUAAGACCAUAUACGGUAAAAGUUUGCAGAUGCAUGCGUGGUAUAUUACGUGACCCCGAAGCACCAUGGUAUGCGUUAUGGUUAUCAAAUGUGAUCUUCCGAGUUAUAUUACACAGGUUAAUUCUGUAGACAUACUUAUAUUCAUCAAUACCACCCGUGCGUGGGUUAUUACCCGCAGCCAUUAUCAUGUAUGUAGCAGACCUGCAACGAGAGAAACAAUUAUUUUAGGAAAUAUUUACAACGAUCUGUGCUGACCGAAACCCAUAUAUUUUGUUUACACCCGUUUUCAAAAUUAUGCGACCAAAGACGAAAAUGCUAGAGUUGACAUGCCAGUUUUAUGUCAUUCGAUCACGAAGUUCAAACUUUGAGUUUUGCGGUUCCUUGUCG